AGCUGCUGCUGUGCAUUUGCUUGUGUGUAUGUGUGUGAGUGUGCGUGUGUGCGUGUCUGAAUGCGAACAAGUUGAUAUUAUUUUUUAAUUUUACCCACUUCUUUGAAUUAAGCCCUGGAAGUAAGUGUCGGCUGCGGCUAGUGAGAAGAAACAGACCUUGUAACGUAGACUCUAAUGAACUCGACAAUAUCAAGUUUGCUACGUCCAGCCUUUGAAAACAAGCCGCAUCUACGCAGUUUUUACCCUUUUCGGUAUAUCAUUUUUAUCGACAGCAGCUAACUUGGAGCUAAGAGUGUGCGGCUGCUCACGGCAGUGUUUUUUUUGUGGUUAGCGAGGUUGGAAGUGAAGCGUGCCUUGUUUUAAAUGCGUAAAGUCGCUCAUGUUAGCUAAUGAAGUUGUAGUAAGCGUGACAUAAGAGCCAGUGAUACACACGGAGCUAAUUGUAGGGAUAAGCCAUAAAGUACUCCAGAAAAAUGCUAAAGACGCUCACGAAGAAGCUCAGAAGACAUUCACUCAAUGAGAUACAUCCUUUCCAACUGAAGAUUUCUUAUCAUGGCAGUGGAGAGGGAGGGGAGAGUGAUGACUCAGAAGGGGAGAACCAGGAGCUUGCACAGAUUGACAGAGAGAGACGGAGAAAUUGUGCCCUCACCCCCUUGGCCACCAGCCAGCAGCACAACCAAGGCCCUCUCUCUCCAGCCCGGUUGCGACGCCUCCGCCUCCUUUUAGAUGCCAAUCUGGACCGUCACUCUUCAGAGGAAGAACUUGAGCGAAUCAGCUGCGGUGACAAUAGGAAAUGGAUGUCUGCACUUCCCCAGUGCCACAGCGAUCACCACAGCAGCGCCUCCAGUGAUGAGGAGGUGCGGGACCUCUGUGGCUGUGGGUCGCCAGCUGCCUCUGCCAGGCCGCUGGUUGAGCCCGGUGCUUGCCUGGCUGCCUCCCCCAGUCCUGUACUCUUCAGCUCCAGUCCACCACGUAGCCUCAGGCCACCCCCUAUGCGAUUUCAGCUGCAGGUGGUACAACCAGUUGCACGGCCCAUCCUUUUGACCCACUUUGACCAGUCAGCACCUUACAGAAAAUAUCGGCACAGCUACGGAGGGGAGCCAGGGAGACCCAGUCUGGACUUAGAAAAAAUGCAACAGAAAAUGCUGCUGAAAAAGAACUGUGGGGGGAAAACGCGGACUAUAAAGAUUCGGAACCUGACUGGCAGCCGUCCUCCACCCAGGUACACCUACGACCCCUCCAUCUUCGCCUUCCGCUCGUUGAGCACCGUGCCCCCCUGCAGCCCCCUGACCCCAUCCGAGGAUCCUCCCUGCUCAUAAAGAAAUUCAUCCCCCCUCCAGAUAAUCCUCGCCCCUCUCUCCUCAUUCCCAGACAGCUGCUUUUUUUGUGGCUUCUGCAGUGAAACCAAGGAGCAACUGUUCUGAAAGACAUUAGUUUGAUGGUCGAGCUACUGCACACUCAGGUAAUCCCACCCUGUCACUUUGAUCCUCACUCUCCAAAUCAGCAGGAACAUUUGGGGAAUAAAAUGGCCUAAAGACAUUUUUAAGGAUCCUUCAGGUAUUGCAUAUAGUUGUCCCUGGAAAGAUCCUGUGAUUGGAGAAAGAACGAUCAACAAACAAACAUGGACUGCGGACCAGAGGUGGUACAAAGGGACAAGAGCGACCAUUUUGAAACCUGAAUUUAGUUGUAGGCUGAAUCAAUAAUCAAGGGAAAUAAUGCAUGUAAGACAAUCAAAUGGUUCCAGGGUUUCUUCCUUUGAUGUGAUUACUGGACAUCUUGUAAGGUUCUUGGUAACUUCAUAUACUAAACGUGGCAAGGUGAGCCAUGUGAUAUCUUGUUAUUGUUGAGAUGAACAUAGACAGUGGUCACAUUUGUCUGUCUGAAAAACUACUUCUUUGGAUGUGUUAUUGAAUACGCAGGUCGAGCUAUAACAAACAUAUAUGACUGUAGUUCAGUAGACGACCUUUGACCUUUGAUGAUGUACGUUUCUUAAUGAAUUUGUCACUUGUAGUCCAGGUCAAAGUUAAGUACUUGUAUCCUCUUUCCUUGCAUGAAUUCCACUGUUUUGCAGAAAGAGAGAGAAGUGAAAAUAAAGUCUGACAGUAGUUUGCUGCACAUUUGGCAAGUGUAAAUGGUGCUGUGUUCUGCAUAGCCUACUUGUAGUGUGCCAUUUUUUUUCCAAUAUUGUACCUCAUUACUUUCUAGGUAGAAGAGGACCACUGGUGUAACUAAAACAUCCCAGUGUUUCUAAAGAUCUCUUAUUGCCUUGAAAUGACAUUCCUGUUGUAUUGAAUGAAACUUGAGGUAGUUCUCAGCCCUUGAAAUGAGCUGACGAGUUGAUCAAACGCAAUGUCACCACUGUAACUACGAUUUCGCCGAAGUGAAUGUAACAUUGUGACAUGUUUUCGUCCCUUGUUGCACAAAAAUGAAUCAAUAAAUGCCCUGUGGCCUCUUGUUUAGG